AGAACGCGGCCGGGGGAGCCCGCGCCCUCAGUAGGAAAAGAAGGCCGCAGCGCGAGCGGAGGCGGCGCCGAGAGGCUUACACUGCAUGUUUUAAACUGCUGCUAGUACAUGCAAGUCAUACAGACCUUCGUGCUCUCUUAAGAGUGUAUUUGACCUCAGGAUGUUGAGGACUUAGAACCCUAUUUGCAGAGCUCCUUCAUCUCUUCUGGUUUAUGUUUGGAGGUCAUCAUCACAUCAUCAGGGACAGGUCCCUUCCCUGUUUGGGUUCUUGUCCUGGCUUCUUUCAAUGAUGAACAGCACAUGGACGUGUAAACAAACCCUUUCUUGCCCUACUUGCCUUUUGGUGAAUGGUGUUUCAUCAGAUCAGUAGAAACCCUAAGACAGCAGCUUAAUUUUUCAGUCUGAAGGAUUGGACAGGCCAAUGAGUAUUCUCAUCAUUGAGGCAUUUUACGGAGGCUCCCAUCAACAGCUGGUAGACCUGCUCCAGGAAGAAUUAGACAGUUGUGUCCUCUACACCCUUCCUGCAAAGAAAUGGCAUUGGAGAGCACGGACAGCAGCUUUAUCCUUCUCACAGAGUAUUCCCAGCAGCGAGCACUACAGGACCCUUUUUGCAAGCUCAGUACUUAACCUGGCUGAACUAGCUGCCCUUCGGCCUGAUCUGGGAAAACUGAAAAAGAUCUUGUACUUCCAUGAAAACCAGUUGGUAUAUCCUGUCAAGAAAUAUCAGGAGAGAGAUUUUCAGUAUGGAUACAAUCAAAUUCUCUCAUGUUUGGUGGCAGAUGUGGUGGUAUUCAAUUCCAUUUUUAACAUGGAAUCGUUUCUUACUUCCAUUGGAAAAUUCCUGAAGCUGAUUCCUGAUCACAGACCUAAGAAUCUGGAAAGCAUAAUCAGACCCAAGUGUCAAGUUAUUUAUUUUCCCAUCAGGUUUCCUGAUGUGAGCAGAUUCAUGCCCGAGCACAAAAUAGCCCACUUAAGGAGGAUGCUCAGCCUUAAUGGAAAUGGUGUUGCAGCUCUGCCCGUGAUGCCUCCUUUCCAGCCAGAGCAGAGGGAUUCUAAGAAGUUACUGGAGAAUUGUAAAUCAAAGUCUGAGGAACACCCUGACCUUGAUGCCGGACAGGAGACCCUGGACAAUCCAUUUAUCCAGAAGUCAAGCUUGGAGAAAUUCGGUUUGUCAGAAGAUAAUUCUGGCUCUCUUCCUGUGAGGAACAGUCUAGCUCUUGAUCCCAGCAACCUUUUGUGUGGAGCUCAUGAUCAACAGAGACCGUUGCAUAUCACAUGGCCUCACAGGUGGGAGCACGACAAAGAUCCAGAGAGUUUUUUUAAGGUAUUAAUGCAUCUAAAGAACUUAGGACUCAACUUCCAUGUCUCUGUCCUUGGAGAAACUUUUACGGAUAUCCCAGAUAUAUUUUCAGAAGCCAAAAAGGCCCUGGGAUCUUCAGUCUUACACUGGGGCUACUUACCCUGUAAAGAAGACUAUUUCCGUGUACUGUGCAUGGCUGAUGUUGUCAUCUCAACAGCUAAACAUGAGUUCUUUGGAGUAGCAAUGUUGGAAGCUGUGUACUGUGGCUGCUACCCACUUUGUCCCAAAGACUUGGUUUAUCCUGAAAUAUUUCCAGCUGAGUAUCUGUAUUCCACACCUGAACAGCUUUCAAAGAGGCUCCAGAGUUUCUGCAAGAGACCAGAUAUUAUAAGAAAACAUCUUUAUAAGGGUGAAGUGGCUCCAUUUUCUUGGGCAGCCCUACAUGGCAAAUUCAGGUCUCUGCUCACAACAGAACCCAGGGAAGAUUUGUGACAGAUGGGGCUAAGUCACAAACUUGCAGCCUAAGGCAGAAUCUGAAGAACUUUCCAGAGUGUGCCCAUAUUUACCUGAUCAGAGAGAAAAGAAAAUCUGCAGAGGAAGCCGAGCCUGGCUGCUUGUCAUAGCUGACACAGAGCCAUCUGCCACAAACCUGUGGCGGCUUCAGAUCUCCAAUCCCUGCCACCACCCCAACUCAAAUUAAAUACAGAUUCCUAGAGACGUUAUGAUGGUUACACAUGUCCUCGGCAUCACAUGUAGGAGACUGUUCAAAAAAAAAUAUGUGGCCUGUUGUAUAACCGCACUCAUGUGUCCCAUAUGUGGUGCCGCAUUGAAUUUCCGGUUGAAUCUGUUUUUAUCCUUUGUACUGGAUGACAUGGUGCCUGAAUUCUUUCUUUCUGCCGACACGAUGGCAGCCAAACUGCAGCUUCAAACACUCACACUUGGCUGAGUUUCUACCUGGGUUGCCAGGUUAUCAUCGGAGCCUUCUUGUGUCCUCAAAGGGCCACAGGGCCUAGAAGGAGGAUCAGAAUGCUCCUGAACUAAUUGGGCAGCCAUCUCAAAGCUGCUGUAGGCAAAGGGCUGCUUUAGCACUUUUCUUUUAGCAAAUUAAUGACUCUCUGGCACAGGGAUUUUUAAGUGAAGGUAUUAAUAAGGGGUCUGGCAGGUAUUCCCAUGAUUCCCAGAGUUUCAUUUGCAUUUAAUUAAUCUUAAAGAAACUUGCAAGAUAAACAGCUGUAAUGUGGACAAACAUGGCAGACACAGUGAGUGAAGGCCUCUCAUCCAUAAAAUGAACACGAGAUACUUGUUCUACAUUUUCUUCUUAUGGGUAAAAAUAGAGAAAUCAAAAUGCUUCUGACAAAGCCAUAAUUUGGUACAAAUAUUCUUCAAAAAUAUUUGCAUCCAACUACAAAUAUAUUCUUUCUGUGAUAAGUCACUUAUGAUUCUUGUAGUCAAGCUGCUCUGUUUGUUGGUGUAAAGAUAUUUUAAAUGUCUGGAUUGUAAAAUAAAUUUUUAAUAAACUACCCGCUGUAAUUUUAA